GCUCGGUUUCGGUUUCAGUUCGUAGUCUGUAUUCUUUUCAAGCUUGUAUGAAGCAUAACGGUUUCUAGCGGGGUCGAUUCGUCGUGAUAGGCUUGAAGACAACAAAGAUCGCUCACAUUGAUCUAGUGUUUCAGCCUCCACCGAUUUGUAGAGGUGGAUUGGAGCAGCCGAAGUUUUGGAGUUGUGUGGAGGUAUGGAAGGCAGAGGACCAGAUGGAGGGGACGAUAUUGAUCCUGCAAUGCGUUGGCUGUCGGAAAUGUCUUUGCAGCCGGACUGGUUGGAAGAAUGUGGCUUUGGCGAGCAGACACCGGGUUUGUGCUAUAUAAUGGAGGAUGAAGAAGGCGAUGUCUUGGGAGCUGCAACGAGGCCUGGAUUGUCCCUCUUUGGUUCCGAAGCUGUGGAAAAUCCUUCAAGUGGUUCCAAAAAUGGCGCUGGAAUGAAAAGUACAUGCGCGGAUGUUGUCUUUUUUGUCGGUGGAUCUGUAUGGACGUUGGACUGGUGUCCUCGUAGACCCGGAUGGUCGUCUCAGGUCAUUCAGAAUGAGUUUCUUGUGGUAGGAGCACACCCAAGACAAUCGCCACAUCAUAGGCUCGGCGAAUCAUUGCAUGGGAAAGGUUUGUUGCAAAUAUGGGCAAUUGAUCUCAGGCCAGGGAAGUCGACUUUGGUCGACGAGAACAAUGGGGGUGAUGCCAUGUCAAAUACUCCUUUGGAUGAGGGUUCAAGAGGUGGAAGGCUUAAAGGUCGAGGGGGAAAGUGGGGCAGAGGCAAAGAAAGGAGAGCUACAUAUGAUGGCUUCUCAGAUGAAGAGCCAAAUAUAAGUGCUUCUCCAGUGGAUACUUACACGACCUUGACUGGUUUCAAUUUGACUAAGGGUGGGAGAGAGAAAGCACGAGGGAAGGGAAGAGGGAAAGGGAGAGGUCGUGGAAAGACCACCUUAAAGUCCUCUGAACUCGAGGCUGAAACUUCUGAUGCGGAAGACGUUGGUCCUGCUGAUAACAUUAAACCAGGGUCUCCACCUGAAACAUUGCUUGUCUAUGUAAAGGGCAGAGCAAAAUCUAAGCGGGAUGCAGCCUCUCGUUCAUCUCAUAAGAAUUCUCUCUCAAAGUCUCCUGAAGUGCUGCCAAAGAUGAUCUUAGGUAUUGUACAUGAAGGUGAAGUUACAUGGGAUGCAAAAUGGCGACCUGUGGCAGAGGUGGAUAGCACUUGCGAGUCUACGGAAGAUUUGGAUGGUCGAGCGAGCAUAAGACUCGGUUUUCUGGCUGCUAUUUUGGGAGAUGGAUCAGUUCAAGUAUUUGAUGUUCCAUUACCAAGUAUCUGGGAGUUAUCUGGAAUUUACCAGUUGGAGAAAAAGGAAGAUGAACCCCCGAUCAUAAAAAUAAAUCCAAUCUUCCACAGCUCAGAACUUCAAAGCAACGGACAUAAGAGCAUCCCACUUGCUGUGGAAUGGUCUACGUGGGCCCCACAUGAUAUGCUGCUUGUCGGCUGCCACGAUGGAACUGUGGCUGUCUUCAGAGUUUUCCCAUAUCCUACACCUCUUGAAGAGAGUAGGCCGCUCCUUUUCUUCACAGCUGAUUCUAUGACAUUACGAACAAUUGCUUGGGCACCUGGAGGCUGUGGUUCCGCUGGACAGCAUUUGAUAGCCACAGCUGGACACAGUGGCUGGAUACGAUUCUGGGAUCUGAGAGACCCCUACCAACCUGUUUAUGAGUUGCAAAUAUCGCGAGGUGUUGUCACGGGCAUUGACUGGGUGUCGGACCCGAGGUGUAUGCUGAUAACAAUGGACGACGGUUCUGUGCGAGUCUUGUCUUUGGAUAAAGCUGCCACAGACACUGCAGUUACAGGAAAACAUUACACGGGCACGCCGACCCAGGGUCUUGCGAGUUACUAUGCAUCCUAUUAUGCAAUGUGGGGUGUACAUGUUUCUCGAGCGUCAGGUUUGGUGGCCUAUUGUGGCACUGAUGGCAACGUCCUUCAAUUUCAGCUGACAGAGAAGGCACUUAUCAAGGAGGGCUCCCGCUACAGGCAACCGCAUUAUCUCUGUGGAGCGUUUGCUGCAGAUGCAGAGACGGGACCUGUGUAUAUAAUCUCCCAGAACCCUUUAUUCACACGUAGCUCGCAAAAAGCAGCUUUAGUCCAGCUUACUCCCCAGUUUAGGCGUGAUUUUUUAACGCGACGGAACGCCGUGCUGAAGUCGCAUGUAGCAGGUUCAGGGUUUAUUCCUAGUGGCAAUCCGCUUGACAUGGAAAAACCGGGCAACAAGAAGAAGAAACCCGAGGACAAGCCCAGUGGCUCCAAACCCAAAAAGAUAAAGAAAUCCCUGGCUAUUUUAGAGGAGACGAGCGCUCUUGGUGAGGAUCCUCAAGAGGAGAGCGAGCCUUCGGCAGAAUUUCAGAACCCCACGGGUGGUGUUCAAAACCUGCCUCUACGUGUUGUAGCUGUGCAGCGCUUGCGUUGGAAUUGUAAUAGAGGAAAGGAAAAUUGGUUAGCUUUUGGAGGUGCUGCUGGUAUCAUUCGCUGCCAGCACGUUCUGCCGAAAGAUUGACGUGUUUUCACGGUUAUUUAA